AUGAGUCUGUCUGAGGAGCACUGUGGAGCUGAGAGUGUUGAGCAGGAGAGAUCAGACUCACCUGUACCCAGCUGUGUGUCCAUGAAGAGUAACAGGUCUAAAGAAGGCCCACCUGACUUCAGAGAGGGAGAUCUCCCUGAUGAACAAAGCAUUGAGCAGGAGAGAUCAGACUCACCUGUACCCAGCUGUGUGUCCAUGAAGAGUAACAGGUCUAAAGAAGGCCCACCUGACUUCAGAGAGGGAGAUCUCCCUGAUGAACAAAGAAUCCAAAAGGAGGAAACACAAUCAGAGAUUUCCGGUGUUUGGUCUGUCCAACGUCAAAUAAAAGACCUGAUCUCCAUAUUUGAGACCCUUGAGAGCAAAAUCAUCACCUUUGUGAAGAAUGAGUUGAAAAGACUGCGGAAAAGUCUGACUGAGGAAAUGUCAGAAUGUUUUGAGGGUCUGAAGGAGGAUGAGACCAAUGCCAGAGAGGGAGUUCUGAAGAUCACACUGCACUUCCUGAGGAACAUGAACCACAAUGACCUCGCUGACACACUGGAGAAAAGUAAGACAUCUCUGAUGGUAACUUGUCACCGUGAACUGAAGUCAAAUCUGAAGAGGAGGUAUCAGUGUGUAUUUGAGGGAAUAGCAACACAAGGAAACCAUACACUCCUCAAUAAGAUCUACACAGAGCUUUACAUCACAGAGGGUGGAAGUGGAGAGGUCAAUAAUGAACAUGAGGUCAGACAGAUUGAGACAGCAUCCAGGAGACCAGCAACAUCAGAGACAUCAAUACAAUACAAUGACAUCUUUAAACCCUUACCUGGACAAGACAAACCCAUCAGAACUGUGCUGACAAAGGGAGUCGCUGGCAUUGGAAAAACGGUCUCUGUGCAGAAGUUCAUUCUGGACUGGGUUGAAGGAAAAGCUAAUCAGGAUAUCAAGUUCAUUUUUCCACUUCCUUUCCGGGAGCUGAAUUUGAAGGAAAGUGAAAACUGCAGUUUGGUGGAUAUUAUUCAUGAUUUUUUCCCAGCGACAAAAGGACUGAAAUUUACCAACAAUGACAAAUACAAAAUCAUGUUUAUCUUCGAUGGUCUGGAUGAAUGUCGACUUCCUUCGACCUUUCAGAACAAGAAAAGUUUGUGUGAUGUGACAAAAGCAACCUCAGUGGAUGUUGUGUUGACAAACCUGAUCAAGGGGAAUCUGUUUCCCUCUGCUCUCCUCUGGAUAACCUCCAGACCAGCAGCUGCCAACAUCAUCCCACCCAGGUGUGUUGACAUGGUCACAGAGGUAAGAGGUUUUAAUGACCCUCAAAAGGAGGAAUACUUUAGGAAGAGAAUCAGUGAUCAGAACCUGGCCAACAGAAUCAUCUCACACAUCAAGUCAUCAAGGAGCCUCUACAUCAUGUGUCACAUACCAGUCUUCUGUUGGAUUUCAGCCACUGUUCUAGAGAGAAUGUUGGGAGAGGCACAGAGUGGGGAGAUCCCAAAAACUCUGACUCAAAUGUACACACACUUCCUGAUCUUUCAGAUCAAACAGAGGAAUGAAAAAUACGAAGGACAUGAUGAGAUGCAACCAAAGUGGAACCGAAAGACUAUUCUGUCACUGGGAAAACUCGCCUUUGAACAGCUGAAAAAAGGGAAUUUGAUCUUCUAUGAAAAGGAUCUGAGAGAGUGUGGUAUUGAUGUGAGAGAAGCCUCAGUGUACUCAGGACUCUGCACCCAAAUCUUUAGAGAGGAGCUUGGACUGUACGUGGGAAAAGUCUUCUGCUUUGUGCACUUGAGCAUUCAGGAGUUUCUUGCUGCCUUAUAUGUGUUCCUAACAUUCAUCAACAGCAAUGUAAAUGUCUUAUCCACACAACAGCCGUCCAUUAAAAGCAUUCUAAAAUCAUACUGGAGAUGGGAAAUUUUCACCCUACACAAAGAUGCAAUUGAUGAAGCCAUAGAAAGUGAGAAUGGACACCUGGACCUGUUCCUCCGCUUCCUUCUCGGUCUCUCACUGGAGUCCAUUCAAACCUUUUUACGAGCUCUAGCUGAUACAGACAGAAUAUCACUAAGGACAGAGGAUACUGUGAAGUACAUUAAGGAGAAGAUCAGGGAGAAUCCAUCUCCAGAGAGAUACAUUAGUCUGUUCCACUGUCUGAAUGAACUCAAUGACCAUUCUCUAGUGGAGGAGAUCCAAAGCUACCUGAGCUCAGGAAAUCUCUCCAGAGCUGAACUCUCUCCUGCUCAGUGGUCAGCUCUAGUCUUUGUGUUACUGACAUCAGAGGAGGAGCUGGAUGUGUUUGACCUGAAGAAGUUCAUCAGAUCAGAGGAGUGUCUUCUGAGGCUGCUGCCAGUGGUUAAAGUCUCCAGAACAGCUCUGCUUAACAGUUGUAACCUAACAGAGAAAAGCUGUUCAGCUGUAGUCCCAGUUCUCAGCUCAGACUCCUCCAGUCUGAGAGAGCUGGACCUGAGUACCAAUAAUCUGCAGGAUUCAGGAGUGAAGGUGCUCUCUGCUGGACUGGAGAAUCCUCACUGUAAACUGGAGACACUGAGACUUUCAGACUGCAGUAUAACUGAGGAAGGAUAUGCAGCUCUGGCUUCAGCUCUGAGAUCAAACCCCUCACACCUGAGAGAGCUGGACCUUAGUGGGAAUGAUCCUGGAGACUCAGGAGUGAAGCUGCUCUCAGCUUUACUAGAGGAUCCACACUGUAAACUGCAGAAACUCAGACUUUCAGACUGCAGUAUAACUGAGGAAGGAUAUGCUGCUCUGGCUUCAGCUCUGAGAUCAAACCCCUCACACCUGAUAGAGCUGGACCUCAGUGGGAAUGAUCCUGGAGACUCAGGAGUGAAGCUGCUCUCAGCUUUACUAGAGGAUCCACACUGCAAACUGCAGAAACUCAGUCUGUGUAAGUGCAGUAUAACAGAGAAAGGCUGUGCUGCUCUGGCUUCAGCUCUGAGAUCAAACCCCUCACACCUGAGAGAGCUGAAUCUGAGUGGAAAUAAACCAGGAAAAUCAGGAGUGAAGUGUCUGUCUGCUGUACUGGAGGAUCCACAGUGUAAACUGGAGAAACUGGAACUGUAUGACUGCAGUAUAACAGAGGAAGACUGUGCUGCUCUGGCUUCAGCUCUGAGAUCAAACCCCUCACACCUGAGAGAGCUGAAUCUGAGUGUGAAUAAACCAGGAGAAUCAGGAGUGAAGUGUCUGUCUGCUUUACUGAAGGAUCCACAGUGUAAACUGGAGAAACUGAAUCUGUGUUACUGUAGUAUAACAGAGGAAGGCUGUACCGCUCUGGCUUCAGCUCUGAGAUCAAACCCCUCACACCUGAGAGACUUGAAUCUGAGAUGGAAUAAACCAGGACAAUCAGGAGUGAAGUGUCUGUCUGCUUUACUAGAGGAUCCACAGUGUAAACUGGAGAAACUGGAUUUGCGUUACUGUAGUAUAACAGGAGAAGGCUGUGAUGCUCUGGCUUCAGCUCUGAGAUCAAACCCCUCACACCUGAGAGAGCUGGAUCUUAGUGGGAAUAAACCAGGAGACUCAGGAGUGACGUGUCUGUCUGCUUUACUGAAGGAUCCACAGUGUAAACUGGAGAAACUGGAACUCUCAGACUGCAGUAUAACUGAGGAAGGAUAUGCUGCUCUGGCUUCAGCUCUGAGAUCAAACCCCUCACACCUGAGGGAGCUGGACCUCAGUGGGAAUGAUCCUGGAGACUCAGGAGUGGAGCUGCUCUCAGCUUUACUAGAGGAUCCAUACUGUAAACUGCAGAAACUCAGGCUGUUGAAAAGUCCUGUUGCAGAGGAAGCCUGUGCUGCUCUGACUUCAGCUCUAGGUAAAAACCCCUUACUGCUGACAGAACUGGAUCUGAGUGAGAACAAACCAGUGAGCUUAGGAGUGAAGCAGCUCUCUGCUCUGCUGGAGGAUCCACACUGCAGACUACAGAAACUGAGAUGUCUACUGUAUAGUAGCAUUAUCAAGUAUGUUAGGUGUCCAAAGGGAAUGGUUAGAGAGCUGGACCUCAGUGGGAAUGAUCCUGGAGACUCAGGAGUGGAGCUGCUCUCAGCUUUACUAGAGGAUCCACACUGUAAACUGCAGAAACUCAGGCUUAACAGUUGUAACCUAACAGAGAAAAGCUGUUCAGAUCUAGUCCCAGUUCUCAGCUCAGACUCCUCCAGUCUGAGAGAGCUAGACCUGAGUACCAAUAAUCUGCAGGAUUCAGGAGUGAAGGUGAUCUCUGCUGGACUGGAGAGUCCUCACUGUAAACUGGAGACACUGAGGCUUAACAGUUGUAACCUAACAGAGAAAAGCUGUUCAGAUCUAGUCCCAGUUCUCAGCUCAGACUCCUCCAGUCUGAGAGAGCUUGACCUGAGUACCAAUAAUCUGCAGGAUUCAGGAGUGAAGGUGAUCUCUGCUGGACUGGAGAAUCCUCACUGUAAACUGGAGACACUGAGACUUUCAGACUGCAGUAUAACUGAGGAAGGAUAUGCUGCUCUGGCUUCAGCUCUGAGAUCAAACCCCUCACACCUGAGAGAGCUGGACCUCAGUGGGAAUGAUCCUGGAGACUCAGGAGUGGAGCUACUCUCAGUUUUACUAGAGGAUCCACACUGUAAACUGCAGAAACUCAGGCUGUUGAAAAGUCCUGUUGCAGAGGAAGCCUGUGCUGCUCUGACUUCAGCUCUAGGUAAAAACCCCUUACUGCUGACAGAACUGGAUCUGAGUCAUAAUAAACCAGUGAGCUUAGGAGUGAAGCAGCUCUCUGCUCUGCUGGAGGAUCCACACUGCAGACUACAGAAACUGAGACGCCACCCCUUGCCUAAACCAAACGGAGUAUUUCGAGUAUGUGUGAACACGUCUGACUCGGACUAUCUGCCGCUGUGUGCUGCAAGUGUGAAAGGCUUCACAGACAUAUACGUGGGGUCGCCUGGUCGAACACAGGACGCGAGAGUGCUUUGCAACUCUCCUAUCUUCCAGAUGGCUGAAGAAGAAGACGGUUACUUGUUUCCGCGUGAGAAAUCCAGGACUGUAGACGAUGUGGAGGUGCCCAUCCAUCUCAUCGGAGACGCAGCUUACCCUCUUAAGAAGUGGCUAAUGAGAGGGUUCGCCCAUCACCACCGCCUGACUCCCAAACAGAACACCUUCAACAACCGUUUAAGCUCUGCUCGAUCGGUGGUCGAAAAUGCAUUUGGACGUUUGCGGGGCCGUUGGAGGUGCCUCGCCAAGCGCAAUGACGUGGACAUUUCUAGAAUGCCUGACAUUGUCGCGGCUUGCUGCGUACUGCAUAACGUUUGCGAGAUGAACAAAGAGAACUUUUUGCCCGAGUGGACCAUCGACGCUGCCGCUGACCUCCCGCGGGAGCCUGACGCAGAGGUCUGUGAUGCACGUGAGACGGGUAGCGCACGACGGAUACGAGAGGCAAUGAUGAGCAUUCUUUAA